CGUUCAAGCCACCGACAAAUGUCGCCCAGGCGAGGCGCAGCUGAAGCAAAAACGACACAAGCCGUGUUUGUUGUUUGUAUAUGUGUUUGUUUUACUCUCGUUUCGGAGCUUCGGUGUCGAAUGUCACAUUACUAGCAAACUGAGACAAGCUUACGUGUGUUGUUGUUUUUGACACCGACUUCUCACUGUAGGCUACUUUCGCUUUCACUUUAGCAAUAGGUUGACUUAAAGAUUCGACAGAUUCUUUGCAUAUUUUGGUCAAAAUUAUGGACAGAUUUUUUUCCACACUGUAUGUUUUGCUCCUGCAUGGCUCUCUUGGUGUUGAUACAGAUAUAGUGCCAGUGUCUGUGAUGGAGGGAGAUUCAGUCACUCUACACACUGAUGUUAAAGCAAACCAGCAAGACAGAAUUAGAUGGUAUUUAAAUGGCAUUCGUAUAGCUCAAAUCAAUGGAGAUCACAGUCAUACCUGUACAGAUGUUCAGUGUGAUGAAGGUACUGAGAGAUUCAGAGACAGACUGAAGCUGGAUCAUCAGACUGGAUCUCUCACCAUCAUGAACAUCAACACCACAGACUCUGGAGUCUAUACACUAGAGAUCCUCAGCAGCAGAGUCAGUGAAAAGACCUUCAUUGUUUCUGUUCGUGGUGUGUCUGCUGUAGAGACAAAUGAAGUGAAGAUGAACUCAGUGAAGGAGGGAGAAUAUAUCACAUUAGAUACUGGUCUAAUAAUAGACAAAAAGGAUUUAAUGAUGUGGUAUUUUAAUGGAUUUCGCCUUGCUUAUAUCACUGGAGGUCCAGAAAUCUGGAAAUCUCCUCAGAGAUUCAGUGACAGACUGCAGCUGGAUCACCAAACUGGAUCUCUCAACAUCACAAACAUUAAAACCACAGACUCUGGACUCUAUAAACUAGAGAUCACCAACAGCAGCAGCACCAACACUUUGUUGAGCAUCAGCUGCAGCAGAGUCAAGAGAUUUCAUGUUACAGUCAGUGGUGUUUCAGAUUCAGGUCUGCCUUCAGCUGCUGUAGUAGCUGUGCUGCUGUUGUUCUGCUGCUGGCUGCAGUUGCUCUAAUUUACCGUCAACGAAGAACCUAUGGACAAGUAACUUAAAAUGGUGAAUCAUGACUGGGAUAAGUCUAAUAAUCAGAGCUAGUUGAUGGAGGCCAGUGGGGAGGAGAGGAAUGAAAGAGGAUCGGGACAUUUCACAAGCUGAAACAGACACUCUGUUGAAUAUUGGUCUGUUCAUCAUACAAAGUGAUCAGAUUGCAUGGACUAUUUUUGGGAUACUUGAAAUGUUUGGAUGCCACUGACUGUCAGUGAUGAUGACAGAAAAUCCUCACGAGCAUAUGAAACUAGCUACAACAGUUAUGACACUGUUCUUUAAUAUUUGUAGAUGAUUCAGAAAGGUAAAUGUUCAGUGUUCAAAAGUUAUAUUUGUAAAGUAAAUGUGAAAAAAUCAAGCUUUUAAGAAAAGCCAUUUUUAUACUGUCAGAUGCUCAGGCUCUUCACAAUCUUUUUAAUUUUUCUAACAGUUUUAAUAAUUAAACUAUGUCUUAAUAUUGUAUAUAAUAUAGUAUAUAAGCAUUUUUCCACAACGGCAAAAUUGCGUUGUAAAGGAUGUUUAUUAUGUGCCAAGGACCUUAAUUUACACACCAGACUUUUUCCUUACAUUUUCUGUGUUCUUGUACGAUUUCUUUGUCAGCCAUGGAGAGAAAAAAAGUGCCACAAGGUCAAGCAGUGUUUUUGGAAAUGCUUUGUAUGUUCAUGCAAUAAGUAGAUAUAGAAAAUAGAUCAUUUGCACACAUAACAGACAUAAUUUGUUUGUUUGUUAUUAGAAAUGAUUUUUGUUAAGUGUCUCUUAGCAUUGAUAUUAAUUUUUCACAUUCUGGAAUGUGACUUGAAUGGGGGAAUAAUGAAUGCUAUGAAAAUAUUGAAUACAACAAUAGCCACCAAAGUAGAAAGAAACAACCAUAUAGUGCUGCUCACUCUCUGUUGUCAUUACUAUUCUGUGUUUUUAUUCUUUUUUUUUUUUUUUGGUCCUAAAUAAAGUGGAGUUAAUAAUGUUGA